AUGUAUCCCUCGCCGGCCCGAUUGCUGCGCAUGCUUGCCGCCUUCUUAGCCUUUUGCUUGGGAGUCGCUCCGGCAAUCGGAGACAGCUUGACGGCGUACGAGAUCUUGCAGGAAUACGACUUUCCGGUCGGAAUUCUUCCGAUCGGCGUCGAGAGCUACGAGUUGAACCAAAACACCGGAAAGUUCGCGGCGUACUUUGGCGGGUCGUGCAGUUUCACCAUAGAGGGGUACAACCUCAAGUACAGUAAGAAAAUCACGGGGACAAUCUCCCAGGACAAGCUGAGAAACUUGAGUGGUGUGCAGGUGAAAAUACUGUUCUUCUGGUUGAAUAUAGUUGAGGUCACACAUAAAGGCGAUAAUCUUGAGUUCUCUGUUGGGAUAACCUCUGCCGGCUUUGGAAUUGACAAUUUCUACGAGAGUCCUCAGUGUGGUUGUGGAUUUAGCUGUGUCAACAGGAACAAUUCUAAUCUACAAACUCUUGUAUCUUCUUCUUGA